AUGUUGAGCAGGCAUUCGCGCGAGGACGCACAAGCCCUCCAAGACGUCCGCCUUUGCCCGAAAUGCGGGACGAAGAGCUACCUUCGGAAAAAGACUUGCAUCAACAUUUUAUGCCAGUAUUGUUGGAUGAGGCAGCCCAAAUACGAACUUGUGGGCCAAGGGCCCAAUUCAGUCUUCCUCGGCCAGCUCCAGGGCGCAGCGGAGCUGGGACUGGUCGAGUUGGAAGAACUCUGGCUAUGCCAUGCAGUCUAUCAACAUAAACUUCAGGUCGGCCUGGAAGAAAGUAUCAUGGAUGAGGAAACAGAGCAAGCAGAUGAGCCAAGUACGUUUAAUCCCCUUGGGGACGAGGACGUGCAAAUUCUGGCCGAGAGCUCUGGGCCCAUCAUCGAGGAGGUAUGUUCCAGCGAUGAAGAGGCGAAUAACUUCUUGUUCGGUUUGGAGAAGAAAAAGAAGGUAAGCUCGUAUGAAGAGUACGAACAGGCUCGCCAAGCAUGGGAAGCAGCUUCCCAGGAGCACAAGGCGGGGGCUGCUCUGAGGACAGCUAUAAAGGUUGAGAAGGAGCAAAGCUCUGGCAGCCCGGUGGCUGCAUCGCAGCCCAAGCGGAGGAGCCAGCUCCGAUGGACCGCGGCCUGCAAGCUCCUGGGGAGGAGCCGGCUAUGGUGGAAAGCCCCGAGGCCCCUGAGCAAGGUCAAAGCGCCACUGCGAAUGAGCAAGGUCAGGAUGCUUGGUUAUGGCGAUUCUGGCUAUGGCGGCUAUGGCCGUGGUUGGAAGCGCGGCGAUCGCAAGUAUCAUCAGUGGAGCUCCAGCUGGCAGAGGGGCCCGGAUCCUGGCCCAGAUCAGGCUGCCAUGCAGAAGUACAACGAGUACGAAGAGCGGAUGGAUCGACAAUCCCAGGCUUACUGGGGCACGAGUCGAUGGGAGCGAGAACAUCCCCCUGAGGAGCAACAGGCUUGGAAGAAGAGCAAGGGGAGGAAAAGAAAGAUGUGGCUCGCCAGCCAAAGUGAGACUCUCAAGCAAGAGGGGAGAUGGGUCGGAGGAGCUCCGUCGGAAUCCUCAAAGCGGCUUCGUUUGAUCCGCGAGGCCGGGGCGAAGCAGAUUGCAGGCCAAGGAGCCCGUCAGGGGGACGGUGGUGCAGCUGAGGAGCCAGCUGCAGUGGAUGCGGGUCCUGACGAGGCUCAGGAGGAGCCCGGCUUGGUGGAUACCUGGGAGAGCUUCCAAUCCAUGGUGCAAGGCGCCGAAACCAUUGAGUACGUGAUUGGUUUGGAUGAAGCUUACAAACGCUUGAAGAAUAAUCAAGCGGAAACACAGGCAGAGCAGGCGGCACCGGCCCAGAGCAAGGCCGGUAAAGGUCCGCAGAACAGGAUGGCCAAGGCCAUGGCUGCAAAGAGCAAGGCCGCCAGGGCCCCGCAGGCUAAGGUUAAGGCCGAAAAGACGACCCCCAAGAAGAAAGCCAAGGCUGCCAAGGUGGAGCUCCGGGAGGAAGAGGGUGAUUCAACGGCGCUGAGCGGCUUGGGGUAUGCUCGGGGCACAAUUUCAGCUGCUUUGACCGGGCUUCGCUAUCAGCUCAAAGCUAAAAAAACUACGGGCGAAGAGAAACAAAACGCCCAAAAAGUACUCCAGGAGUACGAGGCGGGGGACAUUUCCACCAAGAGAGAGAUAUUGAGCAAGGUCGCACAGUUCGGCGUCCGUCAAUGUAAUUGGGUACACGAUUUGGUCAAGACGACCGUGAAUACCAACAGUGAGCACGAAGAUACCAUCAAAAAUUGGACGGCAAUUUUCAAGCUGGAGGGCAUCGAUGAAAGCGGCUUGGAGGAAGAUAUGAAGAAGGAUCUGCUGGAAGAGCUGAUGUCCGAAGCCGAAAAGCGGUACGGCUAUGAGAGAUCGACGAAAAUUCACCCCAAGUUCGAGGUGCUCAGCAAGUACUUCUACAUGCACUCGAGAGGCCAGGUGGCCCGCCAGGCCACUAAGACUAAGACGGAGGAGUCCCUGGGAAGCCAUUGUUCCGGCAUGAAGAACUUGCAGUUGAAGGACAAGAGGUCCCUCGACAUCAUGUUGGGCAAGAGUGCGGCAAGCGCCAGUUCCAAGGAUCCGGCUUUGCAGCCGAGCGAGAGCCAUAUCCUGGCGAAAGAUCUUUUGAAGAAGAUCGGGGCCGAGAAGAAAAAGCUGACCCAAAACAACGAGGAGCUCAAGUCUCUGAAGACCAAGAUUUCCACGAAGUACAGCGGGGACAAAACAUGGGAUAAUCGCAAGGACGACGUCGAUCACGCCAUCGCAGCUCUCGAGGACUUCUUGGGUGUUCUUCGCCAGCACGAGGCCGAGAAUGUGCCGGCGGAUGUUACUUCCGAUUGCACCGAGCUUGUGGCCACCUUUCACACUGUCGUCGGCCAGGCUGCCAACCACGACAAAGGCAGCAAGGCCUUGCUCAAGAAGGUCAAUGGCCUGAUGGAAGCUGGGGCACAGCAUGUAGAAGACCUUCAGGUUCGCCCGGAGACUCGCAACACCCAUCGGGCGACGAACAGUUCUCAAGAGUAUUCCUUGGCAAUUUUGCUGCCUCACGAAUCCUUGCACUCACUGCUCAAUGUGAACACUGCAGAGGCCUUGCUUCAACAGCAAGCCGACAUCCUGCCUGACAGGCCUGACCUGGAGAAUCACUUGCAUGUUUUGGAGAAUGAGUUGGGCUUGGAGUCUGAAACCACUCUCCUCGCCGGCAUAUGGUAUAUAUUCGAAAUCAUCCAGUGGUCCUUCAAGCAGCUGGCGGGGGUCAUGCCGAGCUGCCGACGCGAUGACCGGCCCUUCGAUAAGACCGACAACUAUAGAAAACGGCUGGCAGGCGAAGAGCUUCCACUGAGAGUACCCUAUCAUUUCCAGCAUGGAAUUCUUCAUGCGCCAGAGGCAGCAGAAGCAAUUGGUGUCGAGAUUGUUUUCUUGCCCAGGAUUCAAUACGGCCAUAGCAAACUCAUCCGAUGUGCCAAGCUGUACCAAGACAUCAAGGCAUAUUACGACAGAACUGGGGUCACAGAUCGAUUGCCGAAGCUCGUUCCCACCAUGCUUCGUGAAGAGGAUCGAGGCAAGAUCCUCAAGCCACCGGAAGCGUUCAAUCCUGCGACGAUUGAAGAAGAAGUGUCACAAUGGAGUGACUGGUCAUUUACGUUCAAGAACUUCUUAGCGUUCAUGGACCAAGAAUUCCUGAAGGACCUGAAGACAGCAGAAGAGGAAAAGACCCCGAUAACAUCGGCAGUGACAAGUUCAUUCUUUGACAGUGAUCAAGCGAGAGUGAACAGAGGAACGAAGCUUUACUCAGUGUUAAGCAGUUACUUGAAGAACAGACCUCUGAAAGUGCUGAGAAGUGUGAGCGGGAUGAAUGGAUUUGAAGUGUGGAGAAAGUUGACGGCUGAACUAGAGCCGACAUCUCGUUCAAGGAGUCUAGCAAUGGCACAAGCAUUGGUUGGAUUCCCGGCCAUGAGCAAAGGAGCAUCGCUGAUGGACUACGUCCUGACACACGAGUACUUUUCCCUGCUCCGUAAGAGCGAGAACACGGGAGCCUCCUGUUCUGCUCUGCAGGGGACGGCCUCUCUCCUUGGGACGUGUAGCACUCCCGGUGAGGACGUGUCUCACUCCUCUGAUGUGCAGCUCUGCGGGACGGGACGCUCCCUCCCGUAG